AUGUUUUCAGAUCAAUCACUUUUGGAGCUUGUUCGAGUUCUAGUACCGCAGUUUUUGGUUAUGAUGCUUCUUGUCGUUUACGUCUUCAGCGGUUCAGUUAUCUUUGUUCUUCUCGACGACAAAAUUGCUAAUGAAACUUUUACCGAAGUGGUACUUUUCUCGUUUACGACCCUAACCACCAUCGGCUAUGGUAAUAUCAGCCCGUCGACAAAUAGCGCUCAGCUAUUCUGUAUCGUAUUCUCAAUUGUUGGCAUUCCUUUGGCGCUAUUAACGCUGGCAAAUCUAGGAAAAUAUCUUACAAAAAUUUACUGGCUGAUGUUAGUAUGUUUUGGAAAGAAUAUCAAAUGGCGAGCUUGUCAGAAUGCCAAUAUGCCGUUGCCGACAACCACGUCAUUACUGUUAAUCACGUUUGCUUUUGGUUCCUUUUUCUUUUACGAGAAAGGCAGAGGAUUUACUGUUGACGACAUCUAUUUCAGUGUGAUCAGUUUCUCAACCGUCGGUUUUGGCGAUAGAAAGCCUUCAGCAAAUGAUUCAACAAUGUUAAUAGGGAUGGUGCUUUAUUUGAUUUGGGGUAUUAUACUAAUGACAACCUUAUUUGCCGGUGUUAGUGGAUAUCUAAGAACGAUUCACCAUUUGGGUAAAAGACUACGAGGAUCUCGUGACGUACAAGUCUGGUUCGGAGGGAGAAGCAUGAAAGUAUCUAAACUGUUACAAAUUGUCGCGAAAGAAUUUAAUGCUUCACCAAGACAGAUAAAAGGAUUAUUACGAGACUUAGAUGACCUAAUUAAAACUGCUAUUGAAGAAAAUCAACAAAUAUCAGCAAAACCUUCAAUUCUUCAAAUCGCUUCUCAGUAUAAAUACAAAGGAAGCAGAAAACUGCUGUCCUUACAGGAAUUCCCUAGACUCGUUAGCAGACGCAAAAAAUUGCACAAGUUUUCUAUGGUGGAGGACGUCAGAGUCCUGAAAGCAUUCAAAGAUGAGUCAAUAACAAAAGCUCCAAGAAAGGACUUGAUCGCACUAGGAAAGCGCAGUAAUUCAGUCGAUAUAGGCGAAAUCAGUCGCUAUAAAUGCAACAGAAAUGAAUUUUGA